AGACCAAGCUUACGGCGGAUGCGCUCGCACAGCUGCAACUUGAGGAGCCGCAGGAUGACGAUGCGAAGGCAUCACCGAAGGCUUCGCCUAAGGCAUCAAAAAGAAGAUCGGUGAAAGAUGAGAAGGACAAAGAGAAGGACAAAGAGAAGGACAAAGAGAAGGAGAGCAAGGUGAAGUCACCGGAUGAGAUAUUCGGGCCCAGCGACGGCGAGGAGGGCGAUGAAGCACACCAAGAAGGAGAAGAGGGAGAAGAGGAGGCACCUGAACAGGACGAGGUUCAGGAGGCUCCGCCAGGGGCGCCCACAGGCUUCACCUUGAAGUGGGACUGGCAAGCGGAGACGUCGCAGAGCCCACAGGGACAGGAAAUCAAAUAUGAGGACACCAUGCUUUACCACGUCGGUACAACAAAGAACGAGGUGGCGAUCAUUGUCCUCCCAGACUUGUGGGGCUGGAAGAUUCCGCGCGUGCGCCUGUUGGCAGACUUUGUGGCUCAAGCUGUGAAUGGCUUUGCCGUGGUGCCACGGAUGCUGGACAAUCCACCCUACGGACCGGAUGGACAUGACGAUGGCGUGCCGGAAGACUAUCGCAUGGAGAACCUGGACCGACCAGACUCACUGCACGCUUUGCGGGGCUGGCUCAUGAAGAAUACCUACGAGUUCUUCCUCAUGAAGUUUCGCAUUGCCGCGAACUUUGUGCGACGUCAUGCCGAAGCCAAGAGGAUUGGAAUCGUUGGUAUCGGCUGGGGUGCGUGGAUGGCAUGCUACGGUGCAGAGUACCUGCAAGGCGAGUUCGCUUGCUCCGUGAUGCACACUCCGCUUAUGCACAUCUUGGGAGCCUGGGACGGUGUGAGUGUGGCACGGCUCAUUGGGAAAUGCGAUGGCCCUAUUCUGUUCACGCUUUCUACUGACGAGCCGAAGGAAUACGAGCCAGGAGGAGAGUUCUUUGCCGUGAAUGAGACGAAAUUUGUCAGGCAGACGGAGUCUGACGAUUUCAGGUCUAUGCCAAACGGAUUCUUCUCAACCGCCGACUUCGAGGAUCUCCAGCAGCAGGAGGCGAUAGUGCGAGCUUUUAAUCGCACCGCCGCCUUCCUGCGGAAGUUCCUCUGGCCCUUUCCGCUUGGUGGAGGCUACUCGUACUUGAGGUAUCAGAGCAGCAAAGGCGAUGUAGAGCACAUGAAGGCCCUGCUGGACCUCGGUGUGCCCGCAGGCGGCAGGGACAGCAAGGACGAGGUGGAGCAGCCUCCCAUCAUCUACGCCGCGCGGCAGGGCUACGGUGCUGCCUGCAAACUCCUGGUGGAGUACCAGGCUGACGUCGACGAAAUUGGCGGCAUAUCUCGCGAAACCGCGCUGCAUGUGGCAGUGCAGCACAACAAGUUCAAAGUCGUGCAGAUCUUGCUGAACCUGCGGGCGAAUCCGCAGCUGCAAGACGCUGGAGGCCAGGCGGCGCUGCACCGCGCGGCCCGCGAAGGGGCAAUGCACAGCCUCCAGACUCUGCUUAGCGCGGCGGCCUUUGUGGACCCAAGGGACACCUGCGAACAGACGCCUGUGCACAUUGGCUGCUUCUUCGGCCGCGAAGAGAUGGUGGGGAAGCUGCUUGCUGCCCGGGCUGAUGUGAUGGCCGAGGACAUCCGUGGCCAAACGCCGCGGAAGGUGUCAGACAAGCACAACUACUCCACCCUUGUUCAGCUGAUCGACAGGGAGAUUGAAAAGCGGGAGAUCGAAGAGCACUACGCCAAUGAGGAGCGAGAGAAGCAGGAACAGCUCCAGGCAGCGCAGAGCAUGAAGGCUCCCUUGAAGACCAUGAUCGAAAUGGACGACAGAGCUGCGGGCGGCCGGGAUGUGCCGGGCUGGAUGCGAGCAGACCCAUCUUGGUGGCAGCGGCUGGAGUGGCAACUGGAGGAGGCUGUGACCUGGUGCUGGGCCUUGUGGGUUUGGGCCCUGCGCCGCGCCGGCCGGUCCGCGCCCAAGAAGUACCGGACAGACCGCCAGGAUGUGCAGAGCUUUAACAGUCGUUACACCCUGCUCAGCUACGCCAUGAUGGCCAGUGACGAGAAGAAGUACAACACCUUCCGGCGCGCCCUUCAGGCAGAGAAACGUCGCAAUGGCGAUCUGGCUGUCUUGGAGAUCGGCUGCGGCGCCUAUGCUCCUUUCGCGCGCCUGUGUGUGGAGGAAGGAGCCAAGGUGGUGGCCGUGGAGGGCAACGCAUGGGCAGCCGCCCGUGCGGCGCGCACCUCAUUGCAGGUGUUUGCUGGCCUAUCGCAGCAGCUGAAUGUGACGGACCUGACUUUCGCCCCCAAUGUUGUCAUCAUGGAGACUAUUGGAGACUGGGCCGCCAACGAGUACAUGGUGAGCACCUUCCUGGAUGCACGGCACCGGCUGCGCCUGGGAGAUGCCCGAUGGAUCCCCGGUCAGGUGCGCACCCGCUUUGCACCAGCGCGCAUGCCUAGCUGGGUGCAGGGCGCACUGCCGCCGGGGCUGUGGCUGACCAGCGACCCGAGGCUAGCCUUGUCGGACGCUGCAACUCUGGAGUUCUAUGACUUCAAUGCUUUCGAGGAGAGCAUGGUGGCGCAGCAGCGGGAAGCCAGUUUCCAGCUGACCUCGGCGGGUUCGCUGCAGGGCUUCCUGAUUUGGGUGGAGGUGUUUCCCACGGAUUCAGCAGGGGAGUGCCUGAGUUCGCUGACUGCCCUGGAUAUCAGCUGGAGCGCCAUGCUUCUGGCACUUCCGGAGCCUUUGCCUGUGGAGACAGAAGACAUCCUUCGCUGCAAGACCUAUGUCCUUGCAGCGCCGGAGCCGGAGCUUUAUUUGGAGAUGCCCUGGGGCCAGGGGAUCUUGCGUUUCGAGUGGAAAGUCAAGACUGGCGCGCGGUGGAUAUUGCCUGAAGGUCAGGAGAUAUCUUUCGCGGACCAGCCCGAGGAUGUUGUGACUCCUGAGCAAGAGUUCCUCUGGGAAUUGCUGGGACCUCCUUGA